CUAGCGGCGGCGACCGCGGCCGAGUCGAAAAAAAAUCGAGAAAAUCGGUACAUAGGGCUAUGAGGAGGCUGAUAGAGUCAUUAUGGAGCCUGAGCCGGCCGGGAGGUUCCCCUCCGUGCGCUCCAUCGGGCGGCUGGUGAUCCGGUGGGGCAAAUCCCCUCCUCCCCACCCGCGCCGCUAGUUGAGUUGUCACGCCAGGGCCGACAAGCGCUAGCUCCGCUGUCGGCUCUGCCUUGCUUGGCCUGGCGCGUUUUGCUCUGCCGUGAGCCUGCGCGCGCGCAAUUCGAGAAGAGUAGCCCCCGCCCUCGCUCCAGCAGCCAGCAACAAACUACCCCUUCACCCUUCUGGCUGUUCAGUUCAGUCUUUCGGAGGGUUUCGUGCGAGCUAUGACAUGUGAUGCCUGACCCUGUGUACAUGUCCGCAGGAUUGCAGUUUCCGUCGGCUUUCUCGUUCCAUCAAGCGCUGCCCGUCGAACAGCGGACUAAUGAAGCUCGAUACAAUCAUCUCUGGGAGCACCCCAUCAUGGUUCACCGGCCCACAUCGUUCCCGACCUUCCCUCACGGAUUGCCAUCUCCGAAUACUGGAAACCCUAGCCUGUCGGAACUGACUUACCUUCAGGCCUCCCGGCGAGCGACUGGGGCCGUGCACCCCCACGUGCCCGGCUCGCAGGCUGGAGGUGGGGUCGCCCCAGGCGUGCCUCCGGCCGGAGGCAGCGCCGAGUUCCACCCCGGCUACCGCCUCGGUUUUAUGGACGUUUACGGGCCACUGGCCGUUGCGGCGGCCGCGGCUGCGGCCUCCGGCACACCUGUCAGCCCAUCCGCCUCGCUACGUAGCAUGGCCGACUCAAGAGCGUCAACAAUGCUUCCUGAAUACCUCAGACACAACGAUCUCCACCCACCCGGCUCAACAUUAGGCGGUAGUGCGGAAUUCCAAUACAAUUUGAAUUUGGAGGCGUCACUCCAAGCAGCCGGAGCCGGAUCUCGUCUGUCGAGCCCGCGGCAUCGGGGACGCAAGCGGCCGUUGUCGACGUCGGCGUCCAGCUACACGGACGCGAUGGACAUCAGCAACAUGAUCCGCAUGUCGCCGAACGCGCUCUACUCGUUUGCCAGUCGCAGCACGUCGACCAGCGGCGGAUCAUACGGCCACCUGUCAGCCGGGGCGCUGAGCCCCGCGUUGAUGCACCCGACCGUCGUGUCGCCGCAUCACCACUUGCAGGCGCUGCACCUGCUGCGUACCUCACCCUUCCUGAUGCACCCGCAGCACCACCUCUUCUCCUUACCGCCGGCUGCCGCCCCCACAGAAUCAAUCACCCCCAAACGAGAGCUCAACGCCCCCUCGUCCUGCGCCAGCUCCUCGAGGCACUCCAAGCGCCGCAAUGCGUGCUCGCACCCUGGUUGCGCCAGCACGCGAGGCAAGCAAUGUUUAAUGGAGACGCCCAUGGAAGUUUGCAACCCAAUAGACCCGGAGAAACCGAAGGUCAAGCGAGAAGCGGUGCUCGCAACCUCGCCAUCCGCAGCGUCGCAACGAGGCCCUGGGUCAGCCGGCUCGGACAAAGCGGACCUAGAAUUUCAAGACUUCAUCGAGACCCAUUGCAAAUGGUUCGAAUGCGGCCAGGAGUUUGCUACCCAGGCUGAACUUGUACAUCAUAUUAACACAGAUCACAUUCCUGCGACGAAGAAGAUUUUCGUGUGCCGUUGGAACGAGUGCACGCGAGAGGAGAAGCCCUUCAAAGCCAACUACAUGCUGGUGGUCCACAUGCGCAGGCACACAGGCGAAAAGCCGCACAAAUGCACGUUUGAGAACUGCGCCAAGGCGUACUCAAGGCUGGAGAACCUCAAGACUCACCUCAGGUCGCAUACGGGCGAAAAGCCUUACAUGUGUGAAAUCGCCGGGUGCACGAAAGCGUUCAGCAACGCCUCCGACCGGGCCAAGCACCAGAACAGGACCCACUCAAACAAGAGACCGUACGUAUGUAAAGUUCCUGGAUGUACAAAGUGCUAUACAGACCCAAGUUCGCUGCGUAAGCACGUGAAGACUGUGCACGGGCCCGAAUUUUACGCCAACAAGCGACAUAAGGGCGAGCACACCGAUGGGGGUGACAGCGCCGGCGGCGGUCUCCAGGCGGCGCAGGCCGCCGCCCUGGACGAAAAAGCUGAGGCCAACUCGAACUCCAGCCCCAGCUCCAAGUCUGAGGAGGCCAAUUCGCCGUCAACUGGCGAGGACAGCAGCCCUGGCGGCCAGUGCCCCGACCAAUCCAUGGAUGAUGAAAUCGCCCUUCUCAACGCGGUUACGGAUUGGAUGAAUUGCCCCGAGGAAGUUGAGGUGCCACAAUUGGCAGACAUGAUGGCCACUCCUGUUGGCGGCCAGGAAUCAGGCAACGUGGUGAUGCCUGACAACAGAUUCAGGCAGGCACCACGCCUGAGAAUGAAGAACAUGGGGAUGCCGACAUCCGCGUCUUUCGACCCUGCCUACGUGCGUCCACAUAUGGGCAGAAGUGUGGUCGACAUCAAGCCAGUAACCGCCGAAUUUAACGUUGAACGCCAGACACCGCCCAAGGGCCCAGCUAGCUCGGUGCAGCCGGAUAAGCAGCCCUUUGGGGCAACUGAUACACUGGUGCAGCUGCCGCCGCAAGGCGUCAGGAGGGACUCAAACGCUACAUCAUGCAGUUCCUACUAUGGCUCGAUGUCCUCAUCGCAGAUAUCGAGGAAGAACAGCCAAGCGUCAAAGAUUUCAGCUUUGCCGGCAGCUCGCACUGGUCAUUCUUCGCUCUAUGACCCCAUAUCACUGGGCAACUCUCGUCGCGCGAGCGAGGUGAGCAACGGGAGCAAUUCCAACUUGAGACUGAUGACGCGCUCGAUGCAGGUGCCGUCCACCAGCUCGGCGUCCGUCGCUCUCCCAUGCCAUGUGCCGUCGUCGAGUUUGAUCAAGCCCCGGACCAACCAGCGGCGGAUCUCGCACCCGGCCAACUACCCCACAACGAGACUGGUCAUGCCCACCCAAACAAGGACCAACAGCGCGCCCGGCGCCUCUGGAGGCUACGUCAACAAUGUAACAGUGCUGGACGCAGUUGAGGAGACAGACGUGGCCAGCGAUCAACUACUCCUUCCGGAUGAAGUUGUGCAAUACCUCAACAAGACUCUUCCAAUUAACAUAUCCAGCGAAUCUGGCGUUGGUCAGCAGACUGCACAAGUUCAGCAGCAGACUGCACAAGUUCAGCAGCAGCCAGCACAAGUUCAGCAGCAGUCUGCACAAGUUCAGCAGCAGUCUGCACAAGUUCAGCAGCAGCCUGCGCAAGUUCAGCAGCAGCCUGCACAGAUGCUCCACCAAAAACCACCUCAGAUGGGCCAACAGACUCAGGCAAAUCAUCAUCAUCAACAACAACAGCAAUAUGCUGCUCAGAACCAACAGCAAGCGUCUCCGAUGCAUGUGAUGCACUCGCAAGAUUCACCACUGGUCUCGUCACCGCCGCAGAUGAACCCAUUGACGCCUCAGAUGAAUGUUAUGUCCCCUCAACACAUAAACGUUAUGUCACCUCAACAAAUGAACGUGAUGUCCCCUCCUCACAUGAACAUAUCAUCGCCUCAGCACAUGACUGUAGCUUCUCCACAGCAGAUGAAUGUGGCGUCUCCUCAACAGAUGAAUGUGAUGUCACCUCAACAGAUGAAUGUGAUGUCACCUCAGCAGAUGUCGCCUGCUCACGCCGUCCAGGUGCCAUACAGUCCAAUGCAAAUGGCGCCCAAUUACUCGCAGCCAAUGGCCAGUCCGGCCGCCGCUGCCCCCGCGCCGAGCUACUUCCCCCAACAGCAGCCACCACAGCCACCUCCACUGCCACCUAGGUACCAGGCUCGGCAAUACGCUCAGCCACAGCCGACGCCAAACCGCUGCUACACCCCCUUGCAGCAGCAGCAGCAAAAGCCUCCUGGUCAGAGGCAAACGUAUCCUCAGCAGCCGGCCUACAACCCGCCGACAUACCCAAGCCAGGCUCAACAGUACCAUUACCCUCAAGACUGGGGCCAGCAGCAACAACAACAGCAACAGUACUACCAGCAGUGGCAGCCGCAGCAGGCUCAGCAGCCGCAGCAGGCACAGCAGCCGCAGCAGGCUCAGCAGCCGCAGCAGGCACAGCUGCCUCAACAACGGCAGGUGCAGCAACAGCAGCUACAUCAACCGCCACCGCCCUCUAACCAGCAGCCAUACCAGUGCCAGCCGAUGGCCUACCCCAGCCGGCACCAGCAAGCGUACCACCAGCAACAGUGCCAUUCAUCCCAGACUGUCGAGCAGCAACAGCAGUAUGUGCGUAACCCUCACGAGAUUCAGUGCCGGGACAUCAGCCAGUCCUCGAUUAAGAAGGGAAAUCAGUCCACUGUUAAACAACAGCAGCCGACGCCACCGAGCCACCAAAACUCGUACGAACGUACUUUAGCCUUCGUCGAGGGUUGUCGCUCGUGGGCCCCGGUAGAGAGGCCAGUGGAGCCUCAGCCGGCUGCGAACGCAUCUGUUCCGGUCCUUUCGCCGGACAGCAGCACCGACCCAUUUGCCGCCAUGGCCCUGGCGCAGGGAGCUAACGCCGUUUUGGAAAAUGCUGUCCUGCCGCCCCAGCCUAACAUGAUGGUCAACAAACUCAACCGCUCCUUUGACACGUUGAUGGACGAAACACGCUUCCUGCAAUAUGUAUAGCCUUUUGCUCUUUGCAGUGGAAAAAACGCCAAGUUUGUGGUAUGGAACUGAAAAGUCUGUUCUACAGUUGGAAUUUCCCUGCAGUUGUAUUAUAUUUUUGUAAUGCAGGCAGGAGUGAAUUUGCUGCUCUGCCAAAUUGCAAUUAACCACUUUUGUGGAUGUGCGAGCAGUAAAACUUCGCUUUAUCUUUAUGAAUGUGUAAUUGUGCGAUGAACAAACGCUUACUGUGCAAGUAACGGAGUAAAAUCCGAUUGUAUAAGUUAUGUAAUUCAUGUGUAACCUCAGGAUCUCAUCCAUCAUGAUUUUUGUGCCAACUUAGACACUUCAUCUAAGAGGUAUCAUCCAAGUGAGAUUCACCUUCUUUAGCUUCAAGAAGAAACAAAUCCAACAAAAGGUGUAUCAUGUGUGUAAAAAUGAGAAAUGCAGCAUGUACAAAAUCAAAAACAAAAAGAACAAAAAAAAUUAAAAGCACAAAAUGUCGAAA